GCGCAUGCUCUGUGUGAAAUUCCUGGUGUUGCCGAUCAACAGUAAACAAAUAAAAUUCGAAAAGACGAUUGUAAUAUUUUUUCAAAAUGUUUGACGUUGCUCUAUCGUCAGCCGGUGCCCACAUUGCACUAGCAACAUCAAGUGACGAAAAACAUCCACCAGAGAAUAUAAUUGAUGGGUGGGUGAAUUGAUGUAAAUACUAAUUUAUACAGACAAUAUAGCUAAAGUAAAGGCCUGCCCGGUUACCGCCCUGCGCCUAUCGGCCUAUCAUUGCCUAUGCCUAUACGAUGACAAAUCUCCACCCCACUCCCCCUAAAAAAAAUAUUUAAAAGGCUGAUUAUUAUUCUUCACCCCUUGACGUCAUUUGCGUGUUUAUUUAAUUUUUGUGCAGGAGUCAUUCCCCUUUGUUGAUUUUAUUGUUGGAGGAAGUGCCGAUGACAUGUUUUUUAUUAUUAUUUUGAUUGGUUGAUUAUUUAUAAUUUUUAAAUUAUCAUAGGUUGGCUAAUUAUCAUAUUUUAUUUAUGCUACCAUCUUUGAAACAUGUUAGCCCAAUCCCGGCUGUUGCGCUCUAUUCAUUUGUGCAUGUUAUUUUAUUUGGAAUCUGAAAUAAAGUGUGUAAAAAGUGUAUUUUAUGAAACUUUAAGUUGGGUUUUAAUUAUGUCAUAUUUAAAAAAAAUAUUUUUGGCCAUUUUUUUGUUGGCUUUUGUUCAUGUUCGGCGACCUGACGAAGAAGUUCUCGAGAUAUUCGUCUGGCGACCAAGUCACAUGACUGCCAUAACAAAGUUGCGUAAGAUAUUUGUCAAUCAGUCUUGUCAUGUGACUGCUAAUAGUCGAUCAGAAAAAUGGCAUUGGAGAGCUUUAUAAGAUAUUUAACUGAUUAACUACCGAUUGAAAAACAAGCGUUGGCUGAAUUAAAUCUAGGUCACAUUUAAUACAAUUCAAACAUUGGCGCUCCCAGCGGCUCAUGGCAAUAACGGAAUAAAGGCCGAGCCGCUCCCACCGGCUCAUGGUAAUAACGGAAUAAAGGCCGAGCCGCUCCCACCGGCUCAUGGUAGUUAACCAGUUAAACCAAGAUAACAAGCUUUUUUUUUCUUUUUUUUUCUGAAGUUAGAUUCAAUAGACUAGUAUAUGGGCCUACUAAUAUUAUACUAGUUUUAAUUUGAAGUCAAAAGCUUAUGAUACACUUUAUGUAUCUCAGAGCAUUUGAAAAUAUUAACAUAUUCUGUAUUUAUUUAUAAUCUAGGGAUCGGCUGAAUAAUAUAUAUAUAUAUAUAUCUAUAUAUAUACACAAUAUUAAAAUACUAUAUGCAAUGCAACUAUUUUGCAGGCGAACUCUUGUCACAUGACAUGUCUGUCGGAAUAAUACCACCAACUAGUCAUCUGGUGGUCACAUGACAUGCCCGCCGGAAGAAUAUCUCCCGCACUAUUUGUUAGGUCGCUGGACGUGUUAGACAUUGCCAAAGAAAAAUUGGAAAAUCAUUACUUUUAGAGGCUAAUUGAAAAGAAAUAAAAUGUUCAUUGUAUUUUAAUUAAAUAUGCUACAGUUAAAUUUAAUAUAAAUGCUAAUAUUUAGAAAAGGUAGGUAGAAGUCUUUUUUAGAAAUAAAAGUGAAAGCAUGAAAUUAUUUUUAAAGAUAAUAAUAAAAUCAUUCAUUAAGAGCUGUCCUGUAUGUGAUAAAAUGUAAUGAGGAUGCUCUGCCUGGCAUUUUCUGGAUAGACUCCUUUACAGACUUCUUUGUCUUGUUUAUGAAUCCCACAAACUCUCCUUCAUAAAGUUUGUCUACAUGCUCUACAUCCGAAAUUGCCUCAUUUGCAAUGGAAGGAAUUCCAAGGCCUGCAAUAGAAAAUUGAAAUUUUACCUUGUACCAGAAAAAAGCCAAGAAAUAUCAUCUAAUCAUAAUCCUGAAUGUACAAAAUUUUUUUUUCUUUUUAAAAUUUUGUUUAAAACUCCGUAGAGCUAGACCUAUGUAACAAUAACAUAUUGGCUAGGCCUAAUUUUAUUAAUGAUAUUGUCGUAACUUACAUGAGUAUGUCUAUGAGUAAUGUCAUUAAUGAGAGAUUAACAAUUAUUAUUACUGUAAAUGUGUAUGCCUACCUUCGCAAAAUGUAUUAACGUAAAUUGAUACUAUGACUAUAUAUAUUAUAAUAAAAUUAAAUUAUUUAUGUUAAUCAAGGGACAAGACUACCGUAUUUUCCGGCCUAUAAGACAACUUUUUAACCCAUGAAAAUCUUUUCAAAAGUUGAGGGUCGUCUUAAAAGCCGAGGAUCGUCUUAUGAGCUGGUGUACAGCCAAACCCUAGAUUUAACAGGAAAAGUAGGGGGUCGUCUUAUACACCCAGUAGUCUUAUAUGCCGGAAAAUAUGGUAAUCCAAAAUUCACCUGACUUCGUAAAGUAAAAUUAUUAAAAACUCUUUAGUUUAUUGGGUUGUAUUAAUUUCUAAUAAUAAUAUCGUAAAAACUGUUUCACCUUCAUUAAUUGAUCAAGCCUCCACGGAUUUUUGAAGAUGAACAAUAAUGAACAUAUUUUUAUAUCUUUAUAUUGAAUUAUAAGGCCAUUUCCGACAACUCAAUUUAUUUUUUGAUUUGGGUUAGCUGGUGACAACUGAAAUUUUCAUUUUACGCUUUAAAAUGCAUAACUUUUUUGGGAAAUUGCUAUUAUUAACAAAAUAAAGUUAUUCCCGUUUGUGAACAAAUCAAGCAGUGGCAUGUUAAAGCGCUAUGUUCUUCAAGUUUGCAUUAAGAAAUAACAAACUAUUAAUGACAUACCGAUAAGUAAAACUAAAUAAGCUGCCAGUCACAAAUGCACCGUACUGUACUGUAAAAAUGAUAUCAACGUGUUUGGAAAAAUAUGGGCUCUACAUCAUUGAUGACAAAAUAGUUAAUUAUUAGAAAACUGUGACAUAAAACCCAAAAAAUGGAAAACAUCACUGAGCUGAGUGUGAAAUGGCCACAAAGCGCAGAACGUAUGCCCGAGUGAGUUUCAUAAUACCUAUUAAAUGACUUAGAAAAAAUUAUUUUUCUAUAAAAUAUAUUUCAACAUAACAUUGACUUAUGCCAUAUUAAUUAAUGGGAUUAUUGACAUUGUCAUUCGUACACAAGCUUCAAAAUUCAUGAUUGAAUAUUCACAAAUGCAAAUCUUAUAAUCUUAUAUGUCAUUAUGACUGAUUAUAAGAUUCAUAAUCAACAUUUAGUCUGGGAUGAUGACUGGCUUAUCGAAAGUGUAAUUCUAAUAAACAUUAUUAAAAUUUGCCUGCAGUUUGCUUAAAAAUUAAUUGAACAGUAUUGAUAUAUAUGUUAACAAAGAUUUAUAGUAGGUAUGUGCAAACAUUGUGCUCAAAAGGCAAGAUUUCUUUUAAGAGCAUGAUGGUGUGCCAGGCAGCAGGAUACAUUUGAGGAUUCGGGGUUUGAUUGAGAAAUAGUAAAUUAAUGAUAUCAUCUUUUUAUUUUUGCAUUUAAGCUUAUUUACAUUUAAUAUUAAUAAAUGUUUUCAAGAAAGUGAUAAUCAAGAUACAUAGUUCAAACUAAAAUUCUUUUAGUUAAAGUUAAAUUUUAUUAUUAAAAGUUUAGAUUGACAUGUUUAAAAAAAAUGUAUUUGCAUAUAGUCACUUAUUUAUAAAAAGAAAAUUAAUAUUUAAAAAAAUUGUCUUGUUAUUAAGAUUAGAAAUCUCACCAAUCACUAGUUUAUAUAUUUUCAGAAAUGCAGAAACAUUCUGGUCAACCACAGGCAUGUUCCCUCAAGAGGUUGUUAUUAGAUUUCAGACUUUGAUGAAAAUUACAAAUAUUCAUAUAUGCUCAUAUAAUAGUAAGUCAACUUAUAAAGGUUUUGAGAUUUAAAUAACUUGCCAAAUUCAUUAGAUACAUAACACUAAUGAGUGAUUGAUUUUGAUUACUUUAGCAUAAUCCUACUCUUCAAUUGGUAGCUUUUGUAAUUAAAAAAAAAAUCUUGUGGAACAUAAAAGCUACAAAUUAACUUUUGCCAUAUUUUCUUAAUAGUUUUGAAAGUUAGACUAGAAGCUUCAGAAAAUGAUGACAACAAAUUUGAUGUUAUUGCUGAAAGAGGUUUGUAUAAAACACUUAUUACAUUUAAGUAAACAAUAAUGAUUGUUUUGAAUUCGAUGUGGAAUUCUUAUUUUUAAAAAAGGCAUAAGCUUUGAGGUUUGACUUUUCAUACUAUUAGUACUAUGAAUAUUUACACUGGGUGUGAAGGAUUUUACACAAUAAGGAUGUGAAUGUAUGUUAAUGUACCGAAAUGGGACUUCAAUUAUAUUAAAUAUUCAAGUGUGAAUGUAACGUGUCUUUAAUGAUUGGAGUGUAAAUCUAUGUUAAAUUUUGGUUGUGAAUAUUUGUUGAAUAUAUCACAAGGGGAUGUGAGUCUAUAUUAACAGCUGGGAUGAGAAUUACAUUACGUUUUUAGGGUUAGUAUGUGCAGUAUUUUAAUCUUUUUUUUAAUAAUAGUUGAGAUGUGAAUGUGUGUUAACAAAUAAAAUGUGAAUAUGUGUUAACAAAUAAAAUGUGAAUGUGUGUUAACAAAUAAAAUGUGAAUGUGUGUUAACAAGUUAAUGUGAAUAAAUUUUAGCAGUACGUCUGUGAAUUGUUUAUUAUUGACACCCGGAGCCAUGUAUGGCAUUCCUACCUUUUUCUUUUCUCUCUACACGACAGAGUUAGAGGAGACAGAUUCCCAACUUCAGCAAGAAGAGAUUCAGAUUGGAGAGAAGAGAGCACUGAGCCUGAGGAUUGUCAUAGAAUCCGGCUACGAUCAUUUCAUCUCUUUACACAAAGUUGUUGUCUCUGGACAAGCUUUACAUUAACUAAGAGCAAUGAGUGUCAUAUAAUUCAUAAGAUGAAUGUUUUGAACAAUUUAAUCACUGUCUUAUUAUUGAAUGUUUGUAAAUUUCCAUGGUAGUCAGUUAUCCAUUAACCUGUGAAUAGAGUGAAUGAUGCAAGAAUACAAAAAAAUUGAACUUAACCAAUGGGAAACAUACUACCUAGUUAGUCAAAACUGUUGGCAUUUUCUCUGUGAUAUGUUAAUAUAAAAAACUAAUAAAUGAAUUUUAAAUUUUUCAAAA